UUAUUUUUUAUUUAAUACAUUUUCUUUGAAUUAAAUUCAAAAUUCAACUCAAAUACUAUCAUCAAUAGCAAACAUCGAGUUGUUCUUAAAUAUUUGAAUUGAAAUAGAAUCGAGCCGAGUCCUGUUCAGUGUCGACUGCAGAUUUGGAAGGCAGCCAGCAGUCCCGGCACCCCCACCCCCGGCGCUUUGGUAGUCAGGACUUGAAUUCAGGGAAGACAAUAGACAAUGCUGAGAUGUGCUCAGGGUUUUAUAUCCUCAACGUUGGUGAUCUUCCGGAACAACAAACUCACAAGAUUUUAUAGGUUGAACAAUAUAGCAAUUUGAUAUGGCUUUCUAUGUGGGUGCGAAGAGUUCCAUUAAGGUUCUGUAUAACAGACUUUCCAGUCGUACAAUUUCAACACAAACUUAUUCUACGUGGGUAUGCGGUGGAGGGACUUCAAUUGCUGAAGUUAGAGUUAGCUCAUUUGCUUCCAAUCAUAGCAAUCUGCAUUGUGCAUCUGGAUUGUUUUUGAGAAGAUUCAGUGUGGAGAUUCCUGCUUCCAACCAGAUGGAUCUUAUAAAGCAGUUGAGAGAACAAACAAGUGCUCCCAUAAAAGAUGUCAAAUCCGCUCUCAUUGAUUGCAAGUGGGACAUUGAGGCUGCACAAAAGGACUUGAGGAAAAGAGGAGUGGUUCUUGCAUCGAAGAAGUCGUCACGAACUGCUGCUGAGGGUUUGCUUGCCCUGGCCCAAGAUGAGAGCAAGGCUGCUGUUGUGGAACUUAACUGUGAGACAGAUUUUGUCGCAAGGAAUGAGAUAUUUCAACACUUGGCAUCAUCUUUAGCAAAGCUGGCCUUGUCAGCUGAAAGUUCUCAACAGGCUUCUGGGUUGUUUCCUCUUGGACCUGACUAUUUUGAGAACUCAAAUAUUUGUCUCGGUCACCCAAAAUUGCGUGGUGAAACAACAGUCCAAAGUGCAAUUACUGAAGUGGCUGCGAUGAUGGGGGAGAAUGUAAAACUUAGAAGGGGCUUUGUGAUGUCUGCACCUUCUGGUGGCGUUAUUUCUACCUACCUUCAUACAAGUCCCCAACAAGGUUUGGGUCGUAUUGCUGGAAUAGUAACACUUGAAUUAGAUGAUGGGAAUGCUUCAUUGGAUGCUUUACGGCGAGUUGGAUCUGAAUUGGCAAUGCAUGUCGUGGCAGCAAAGCCACUAUUUCUAGCAAAGGAGAAUGUUUCUUUUGAUGCAAUGGAGAGUGAACGGGAAAUUCUCAAAUCUCAGGCAGAAGCUACAGGGAAGUCUCAAAUGGCCAUAGAGAAAAUGGUGGAAGGUCGCCUGCGAAAAUAUUUAGAAGAAGUUGUUUUCAUGGAGCAAAAGUUCAUUGUGCAGGAUGCUAUUAAUGUAAAGACACUCUUGAAUAAUUUAUCUAAGGAGGUGGGCUGUACUGUGGAGAUUAGGAAUUUUCUUAGAAUGGAAGUAGGAGAAGGAAUCCAGAGGUUAGAAACAUCCGGUGCAUCUGAAGCUGUUGCUGUAGCUGCUUAAUUUGAGAUAUUGACAGAACCAAAUUGCUGGUAAAGGACAUAAACAUCAACAUUCGGAUUCCAGAAAGAUCAAAGUUUCUUGUCUGCGGCAGCAGUAAGCGCAUCAUAGCUGUGGGAGUCUUAAGCGUUUGGCGCUGUGUGAGGGGCUUUCCAGUGUGCUGUUCAGGAGAGCAAUCCAUCUUCUUUCUUACAAUUCAUUAAAGUGCCAUCCACCUUUCCAAGACCCAGAUUUUGAUUCCUGGAACAAGAGUGAGACCAUAUAUAGCGUAUAUGGGUUGUUUUUAUAAAACACAAAUACAGAAGCUCAGUCGGAUUCUUCCAUUAUAUGAUGGCAUAAAAUUAUAGUGCUCAUGCUUGGAUCAAAUAUAAAGGCUUUUCAUUUGCCUGUUUAUUUUUUGUAAAAAAAUAAAAUAAAAAAUUGUGCUUGUUUGUUCC